AUGACAAAAUAUGAUGAAAAGGUAGAUAUCUUCAAACGCAAGAUUAUACGUCGCAUACUUGGUCCAAUUAGAGAAGGGGACGGCACCUAUUGGCUGAGAUUUAAUGACGAAUGUGUUUUGUUUGAUACAUUGCAUUCUGAUGAGGACGAUCAACCAUGGAACGUAACCAUACAUUUUUCUAAAUGUCCUAAUGAUACUUUAGUUAAACUAUCAACUAGAGAUGAAUUAGAAGCGCAUUUUAUGUCGUGUCUAAAAGAAGCUGAUGUUCUUAAACAUCGCGGUCAAAUAAUUUCUACGAUGCAAAAAAAAGAUCAUAAUCAACUUUGGCUUGGACUAACUAAUGACAAAUUUGAUCAAUUUUGGGCAAUAAAUAGAAGACUUAUGGAAGCUAACAGUGAACAGGAAACAUUUAAACAUGUUCCAAUACGAUUUUACGAAAAGUGGAUAUAA